AUGGCAACCUUUAUUAAUGUCUCAUCCUCCAAUGAGUUUAGUUUCUUACUUGAUAGAGAUUUUAAGACUUGUGUUCUAGAAAAGAAGGACGUAAUUUACAAAGGAGGCAUUCCUUUCGCAGAAAGACACAGCUCCACCAACGUCUUUCCCAUAUUCAUGAUUCAAGUCAUCUUCUUCUUUUUAACCUCUCAAUUCUUCUACUUUAUUCUCAGACCUCUCAAGCAACCAAAAACUGUCUGCAAUCUCUUGAGUGGAAUGAUCUUAGGACCCUCUGUCCUAGGCCGCAACAAGAAACUCUGGGAUAAACUUUUUCCGGCAAAAGAGAUGGUUCUUAUCAAUUCAACAUCGUUGUUCGGCGUAAUAUACUUGUUCUUUUUACUUGCAGUAAAAAUUGACACGGUUAUGACCAUAAACAUGGCAAAGAGUAUUUGGAAACUUAGUUUGAUAGUCUUAAUGAUUCCUUUCAUAAUCACUAUGACCCUCACGGGUCUGCUUAUACGCUACAUUCCUGGACUUACACCAGGACCCUUUAUAUACUUUUUCAGCAUGCUUUUAUCGAGUUCUUAUUUUACGUCUACUGCAAAUGCCGUUGGUGAUCUGGAUCUACCUACUUCUGACUUAGGCAGACUUGCCCUUGCCUGCUCAAUAUUCCAUGAAUUAAUUGGGUGGGGUAAUAUGGCACUGGGAAUAAUGAUUUCAGGAGGCAGUAAAUCUGCAGUAAUUAAAGCGGAGAUUAGUAUGUUUGCGUUGUUAUUAUUCGUAUUCUUCAUUGUACGGCCAGCAGUUAAGAUGAUUAUAAGAAGAACACCCGAGGAGAAGCCAGUGAAAACAGAAUACAUUAUUGGAAUAUUAAUUCUCACGGUGGUUGUUUCAAUCGUGAGUGAUCAUAUAGGUUCAUCUUUUGUAGCCGGGGCUCUACUAAUGGGUUUAGUUAUACCAGCUGGGCCACCUCUAGGUUCAGCGCUAGUAGAAAAAAGUGAUGUAAUAAUCUCAAAUAUUUUCAUGCCUUUCCUCUACAUUCGUAUUGGUCAGAACAUCAAUAUACCCACAAUAACCGAUUGGAGUCAAUUUUUUGCGAUUGAGACCAUCAUGAUCAUGAUCUAUAUAUCGAAGAUCGCUGCAAGUAUUUUGGCCUUCAUCUUCUUCAAGAAAAACGUUAGAAGUUCUAUCUUAUUCGGCUUUAUUUUGAACUUCAAAGGCAUACCUGAUUUUGUCCUAAUUUCAGGUUGGAAUGUGCGCAAGCUGGUAGAUGAACAGGUUGUAACUACAAUACUGUUGUCCCACAUGCUAAUAUCAGCAAUUGCGACUCCUAUAAUAGAGAUCUAUUAUAAGCCUGAAAGAAGACUCAUAACUACUGACUCAAUUGGACAACGCAUGAUGAAACCACUCCAAGGGAUGCCACUUGAAAUGGAAUUACGAAUCCUUUUCUGCAUUAACAAUGAAGAUAACGUCAACAGUCUCAUCACUCUGUUUAAAGCAUGGAAUCCGAUUGAAACGACUCCAUUUUGUGCCUAUCCAGUCCACCUUAUGGAGCUUACUGGCCGAGCUGUACCACUUUUAAUCCCUUACAAUAACCAUAAGUUUAAGUUAAAUUCAAAUUCCACUGACCGAAUCAUGCGUUCUUUGACAAAAUUCACAAAGAAAUCGGGUUUUUCUAUCACAAUUCAGCCAUUCACAAUGAUUGCUCCAUACAAAAACAUGCACGAAAGCAUCUGCAAUCUUGUGCGAGAUAAAUAUAUCCCUCUUGUUAUCAUUCCCUUUCAUAAAAGCCUACAAGAAAAUACAAAAACAACCAUCUUCCGAAAAUUAAACACUAAAAUACAAACCUAUGCACCAUGCACAGUUGGGAUUUUCAUAGAUAGAGGCUUGCAUGAUCAUCAUUUGAGCUCUCGCCCCUUCUUUUACAAUGUUGUGGUUUUCUUCUUAGGAGGGCCUGAUGACCGAGAAGCAAUGGCAUUUGUUUCACGAAUGAAUAGUCAACCUGGUUUAGUCAUUACCGUGUUUUUGAUAGACUUCAAAGGAGAUUAUCUCGUUGAAAAUGAAUUUGAGACGGAUCUUGAUAACAGCAUUAUAAAAGAAUUUCGAGCAAGGAGUAUCAAAAAUCCAUGUGUGGUGUUUCAAGAGGUUGUGGCAUAUGAUUCAGUUCAAGUCAUGGGAGCAAUCCAUUCUAUAGAAGACAAAUAUGACCUUGUUAUUGUAGGAAAGAGGCGAAUUGCAAAGUCUAUAUUAGAUAAAGAACUGGUGCGAUGGGUUGAGCAAAAAGAGCUUGGUGUUAUUGGUGAUGUGGUAGCAUCUUCAGAUUUUUAUGGAGGAAUGACAUCUGUUUUGGUUAUACAAUCUUGUGUAACAAAUGGUGAAAAUGUUGAAUCAACUAUAUUUACAUCUUCAGAAGGAACAAGUGAUUUCUCUACGUGUAGUGGAGAUGAUAGCUAUGGUGGAAGUUUUCAUACCCAACCUGAAAGAGAUCAGUUGAGACUUUGUACAAAAGUAUGA